ACGCCAGUGAAUUCAUAGAACUGCGGGAUUUUCCUCGUUAAUGACACUUAAAAAAAAAAAAAAAACUCCAGCUUUUAGUGUGUGUUCUCGCUACGCAAAUGAUCACGGAAUCGUUAAAGUCGCUCUGCAGAUGAGCUGGAAGCACUGCGUAUCUUCCUUAUGCCUUCGAAUGCACGAAAACUAUCUGUGCAAUAUUCCAGGCGGUGACUCAGUGAGAAGAAAGGGCUUUGUAAAGACGGGUUCAAGGUGAUUUUUUGGGGAAGGACAAGACUCGUUGGGAUUUUUCGUGAGGAGUCAUCAUUUGGGGAAUGAUGUGGGGUGGAAGAGGAGCAGCCUGGCUGUGGAUUUGGACCUGUUUACUGGUCGUUAAUGUUCUGACUGGAAUAAGCUCCAGUCAGAAAGCAGAUGAGCAGAAAGACAACACAACGGUUUUCACCAGGAUUCUGGACAGUCUCCUCGAUGGCUAUGACAACCGUCUGAGGCCUGGGCUUGGAGAGCGUGUAACUGAAGUCAAGACGGACAUUUUUGUGACAAGCAUUGGGCCGGUCUCGGACCAUGACAUGGAGUACACCAUAGACGUGUUCUUCAGACAGAGUUGGAAGGAUGAGAGGUUGAAGUUCAAAGGUCCCAUGGCUGUGCUCCGCCUCAACAACCUGAUGGCCAGCAAAAUCUGGACCCCCGACACAUUCUUCCACAACGGCAAGAAGUCAGUUGCCCAUAAUAUGACCAUGCCCAACAAACUGCUCCGAAUCACAGAGGAGGGAACUCUGCUCUACACCAUGAGGCUUACGGUCAGGGCUGAAUGUCCCAUGCACUUAGAGGACUUCCCAAUGGAUGCUCAUGCUUGCCCUCUCAAAUUCGGCAGCUAUGCGUACACGAGGGCUGAAGUGGUGUAUGUAUGGACACGAGGGGCGGCGCAGUCAGUGGUCGUGGCAGACGAUGGGUCUCGUCUCAACCAGUAUGAUCUAAUGGGACAAACUGUGGACUCGGGUGUGGUGCAGUCCAGCACUGGAGAAUAUGUUGUCAUGACAACACACUUCCACCUCAAGAGGAAGAUCGGUUACUUUGUCAUCCAGACGUAUUUGCCAUGUAUUAUGACGGUAAUCCUGUCCCAGGUGUCCUUCUGGCUCAACAGAGAAUCGGUCCCUGCCAGAACCGUGUUUGGAGUGACCACUGUUCUGACGAUGACCACCCUGAGUAUCAGCGCCAGAAAUUCUCUCCCCAAGGUGGCCUAUGCCACAGCUAUGGACUGGUUCAUUGCUGUCUGCUACGCUUUUGUCUUCUCCGCUCUCAUUGAGUUUGCCACGGUAAACUACUUCACAAAGAGGGGUUACGCCUGGGAUGGGAAAAGUGUGGUGCCAGAAAAGCAAAAGAAGAAGAAGGAGUCUUUACUGAAAAAGAACAACACCUACACUGCUGCCACGGCAACAGCUUUUGCUCCAAACAUUGCCAGAGACCCUGGUUUGGCAACUAUUGCUAAAAGUGCCCCCCCUCCCCCAACUGAGCCCAAGGACGAGCCCAAACCCAAACCACCAGAGGCGAAGAAAACCUUCAACAGCGUGAGCAAGAUCGAUCGGAUUGCCAGAAUAGCUUUCCCGCUGCUCUUCGGAACCUUUAACCUGGUGUACUGGGCCACUUACUUGAAUAAGAAACCCAAAAUACAGGGUGCCCUACAACCCCACUAAUUCUGUUUCCUUUUGCUUUACUUUCUGUUUUGUUUUUCUUAUGUUUCUUUACAACAACAAAAAGGUGAAAAAAAAACUAUUUGUCUCGAAUUUGUUUUAAAGAUAGUCAAGUUUCCACUUUCAACUUCGUGUUAACAUGUGUAACAUAUCUUCCUAUAUGAAAAAGAGACAUUCUGCAUUAUGUACAAACCACUGUAUUAAAAGGGAACUCUAUAUACACACAGACACAGUGGAGAGAAUUCACUAAACAGUUGUGCCACUAUUCCAUACAGUAUUUCAGUGCAAAAACCUGCGUCUUUUUCACUAACCAACCGCAAUCCAGUUUAACCAGGCCCUAAAUUUGCAGUAUUUAAGACAUUAUCGUUCAACGUGCAAACAUGCUUUAUUUCUAUGUAAAUUAGGCUUAUUAUUGAUAUUUACAACUUCUUCAUAAAAAAACAGCACCAUUUGCUCGGUGAAAAGCAGGAGUUAAAUGGAAUUUUAUUUACUGUUAAAGAGACGUUUGUGUACCAAUUUGGUGACACUUUACAUUCAAGAAAUAUUCCGGGGUUCAAUACAAGUUAAGCUCCAGUGAAUGGGGCCAAUUUUUGAGGGUUUAAAAGGUAGAAAUGUGAAGCUUAUAAUUUUAAAAAAGCACUUAUAUUAUUUUUUUGUUCUGUUAAAACUCUUGUAUUAUUUGAGCUGUAAAAUUGUUUGAAUCAUUGUUCUUAUGGUUGUUUUAGGGAUUAUGGUGUUAUGUAAUCAUGGCAACAAGUUGUAAAAUUUAAUAUAACUUUACACAGAAAAGGUUAGUAAGCUUUUUUUUUUCUUUUUUUUUUAUUGUAUUUUUUUUUACACUAAAAUAAUUUGAAUACACAUAUUGUUUUGAUCUUGUGGCUAUACUUUUGAAACAGUGAGUAUUUUAAUGUUUACAGAUUGGCCCCAUUCACUACCAUUGUAAGUGACUCGUUGUAACCUUGAUGUUCCUCUUUUUUUUAAGAAAAAAGGAAGAGUCAAAAUUUAUUUUUGUGGUUAUCAACAUUAUGCCACAAAUGAUGUAGAUUGAGCUGAAUCCGGGACAUUAAUUUAAUGUUCCCUAUGUUAAAGUUUAUAAAGGGGUUCAUAUUCAUAACGGGGUUCACUAAUAAGUCAUUUGAAAAUGCAUUAUAAAUCACUGAUAUGUGGUUAUAACAACAUGCAUAAAAUAUGUGACUUUCCUUGCAGUACUUGCCAAAUAGAAAGCUAUUUUACCUCACGUUAUAAAUGCUUAAUAAUACUUAUUCAACAUUAACAUUCAGGUAAUGUUCCCUUUGUUCAAGUUUAUAAAGGGGUUAAUUAAUGACUAAUAAGUAAUUUACAAAUGCAUUAUAAAUCAUUGAUAUGCGGUUAUAACAACAUGCAUAAAAUGCUAGACUUUCCUGCAAUACUUGCCAAAUAGAAAGCUAUUUUACCUCCAGUUAUAAAUGCUUAGUAAUAGUUAUACAACAUUAAAAACCUAUAAAAAUUUACCUUAAUUUAAAGUGAACACAUAUGUUCAGAAUUUGUUAAGGAAUUUCCAACAUUAGAAACCUGUACAUUAAAGUUCAGUAUGGUUUAUUGGUCAUCGGGCUUUAUUAUAUGAUACAUGCUGUGAAUGAGCAUGAAGAUCUGAAAAGUGUUUUUGCAGAGGACUUUAAGUAACUAGGACUAGUUAAGUUGGGAGAGCAACAUUCUUUUGACAUCAACAUGCAAGGAAAGUGAAGGCAAGUCAAGACAUAACAGUAAUGAAUAAAAACACAAAGCAGACUAUAAAGAAUUACAUAAUCCCUCCUUUUAAUAUCACUAUAAUAGUCUGUUUUUGCUGCAUUGUGAAAUAAAUCAUGAAUUAGUUAGUUAGAAUUAGUAAUAAGCAUUUAUAACAUGAAACCAUACUCUCUAUUUAGCAAGUAUUGCAUGAAAGUCCCUUUUUUAUUCAUGUUGUUAUAACUGCAUAUUAAUGAUUUAUAAUGCAUUUGUAAAUUACUUAUUAAUGAACCCCUAUAUAAACUUCUAACAAAUGGAACAUUGAUAUAAAGUGUUCCCAAAAUUUGUAGCAGUAAUUUAUCAAAUGAUGGAAAGGAUUAUAACCGGGUAUAGACCAGCACACUUCCGAAAUUUUAAAGUGGUUAAGUGAUGCUGUACGAUUUGCCAGAUUAUGGUAUGCUGCUGCAUUCUACACAAUCUAGCGAUCAGAACCUGCCUGCAAGAUGGGCAACUGCACCGUGCAAGCUGUGUUUCAGAGUAAAACAACACAGACAGCAUGUACAACUAAAAGGCACUAUCAGUUAAUUUUUAGUGAAUUCCCCUCAUCAUACCUGAGAAAAUGCUAUUCAGCAAACACACAUAGUAAACAGUUUUGCAUUACAUUAUCAAUGUACAUGGAAUAAGUUUGCAUGGGUGAAGCUUUUCUGUUUCAGCUUGAUUUGGACAAUACUACCUACAACCAAGGUCAUGUUUCUCUAUUCUAGUCUGUUUUCUGGAUCUUACAUUAUAGAUAUUAUUAUAUUUAUAUGCUAAUAGGGUUCCAUUAACAGCAAUAAAACAUGUCUCAGUGGGGGGAAAAAAAUAAAAAAUUCAUUUACUCAUGGAUAUAAAAAAUGUAGAGAAAUUCAAAAUUAUUAAUGUGUAUAUCAUAAGGCAUACUAUUUAUUUAGUUUUCAUGUAGAUAUUAUAAAUUGUUAGAGAUGUCAAUAUUCAUUUUGAGCUUUGCUAAAUGUAACUACAAGGUACAAGCUCAGUGCUUGACAAAGAGAGAGAGAGAGAGAGUGUUGUGUUUCAAGUAGUAUGGAACAUGAAUGAAAUUCGGAUAUAUAUAUAUAUAUAUAUAUAUAUAUAUUAUUUUAUUUUUUCUUGAUCCACUAGAAACUAGUUUGGAUUCACCUUUUAAUGAUUAAACAUGUGCAGAUAAAUGAAAACCAGUAUAUUUGCACAUUUCACAAAGAUUUUCGAUGAUGGACAACAGUAGAUACUUAGAAAGAAUGUAAACUAACGUCUUGAUGUUGUAAUGCAUUUUUAUAUUUAGCAUUAAAUUACACUUUAUUCUGUA